AUGGGAGAAUGGAAAUGUGGGGAUAGCUUCUUCACAAAAUGUUCGAGUUGCAGUGUGGACCGCGCAGCUCACGAUCCAGCGAGCCUCAACCCGCUGCAUCCGUCAAUCACACCCAUUGGUUUAGAGGGCCCCGCGACUACAGAAACGCACGACCUGACUCCCUCGGCUAGGAAAGGUUCAGAAUACCGGAUCACGAAUAACACUACUCCCAGCAAGCCCAAGCCUCGGCCCGCCGUGCCAGUCGUUGACCUCUUGUCGCCAGGCCACCCCCAAACCAACCCGGUUGGCAACGGAUCAACCGGUGUCGUUUACCCUCGAGAUGUGAAGACGGGUGAGGCCAUCAUGGUAGCCCUGUCAGAAAUCGGCAAGGCAUCACGGUUCGGUGACAAAACGCUGGGAGGCACUGGGAAGUGUCGAGUCUUCGAAGUGGUGCUGCAGCAGAACGAACCCACAAUGUGUCCCGCAUGUAUAAGAAGCCCAAAGAGAGCCAGGUUGCCAGCUCAUGCCAGAGGCUGUUUUGGGCUGAGUUGA